AUGGCCAAAAGAUUAAGAAAAAUUAGAGGUAAACACGCUUCUAGAGUUCAUGGUGGGCAAAAUUCAACUCCACAACAUCACGAUUUUCUUACCAGAAUUGCAUUGAGACAUAAGAUAAACCGUUUUGAUGCAGGAAAAAAUUAUGCUGAGGGUGAUAUUUCUGAUUCUGAAUCUGAGUCUGAUGAUUCUUUAGAGUUAAAACUUUCUGAUCUCAAGGCUCAAGCUUCGAUAUCUCAGCCUAAGAAUAAUAAUUAUAAUCCUUUCGGGUCUCAGAUUGCAGAAAUAGAUUCAAUGUUAGCUACACAUACCAAUUACCCAUGUACUUACACAUAA